CGAAUGGCGCUGGUGCAAUGGUACAUGAACAGAAUGGAUGUACAGCCAGCAAGAUGAUGAAAGAACGCGAGUGAGAGAGUGCGCCAGAGCAGUUAUUCUCUUUAUGAAGUAGCGGAGGACGAGGAUUGGUCGACGGGUCGUUUUCAUGGCUACACACACCACGAUGACAAAGUACCGCUCAUAUACUUUGUGAGUUUUCUGGUAGUAAGGAGGGGAAAUGCGUCGAGAUGUUUGCGCGUGGGUAUCGGUCGAAGAUUUUUGCUGCUUCCUCCUCCUACGUUCCGUCUCUUCUCCAUCCCUUGCCCUCAUCCUCCUCAGGUUUGUGUUAUUGGGCAUACGCUACAAUACGUGUGUGCAACAUCAACAAUAUCACCAGUAACACCAGCGGCUCAAUACAAGUACGAGCUCAUCACCAGCACACCAGUAGUUUUAUUUUAUGAAAAAAGAUACAAGGCCGCUCUGAUACUGUACGUUUUAAAUACACAAUUAGGUACUAGUUACUUAUUACCAGUGCUAGCACAGUAGCUGGUCCAGUCCACCCCGCCCGACGAUCAUAGCGCCUCUUUAAACUGAGCUGUCGUGUUUUAGAGCUGGUUGCUGGUUCACCGGCUGGUUGGCAUCGCAGCUUGCUGCUGCUGCUGGCUGCCUGGUCUGCCGCUUGACACACACUCAGAGCAACCAGUUCACAAGAACAACAAGCUGAGAGCUCAUCACGGGCUCAUCUAGCUUUCGGAGCAAAUGCCAUCAUCAUCGUGAUUAUUCGCCGAGUUUUAAUAUUUUUUUAUUCACCAAUUGCGCGUGUUACCAACAAGCCCUUGGGUAGUGGUGGUGGUGGUGGUGGUGAUGAUGAUGUUGUUAUUGAUAAUGAAGCGGCACUGAGAAAUAAUAAUCGGUGUGGGCCAUGGGCACCCCAAAACCGGAAGAAUGGGCCAUUUUGCUGAUUACGCGUUUCGAAAACGAGUUGCCAUGUCGAGCUGGUCCUCAGACAACAAACUCGCGAAUAAACGAGCAGGAAAACCGAAAAUUUCUCAUUCAAAUUUCUCGCCACCGAUUUUCUCUGGUGAUAUCCGGACUGACGAAAAUACUUCAGCGUGUGAACGACAUACUGCCAGGGACGGGAGGAGGUCAACGGUCCUUCCACAACACGGACCAGGAACGUAAUUGCUAUGAGUCGAUCAUCAUCGUCCUGGACACACUCGAACAGUGUCUGGCCAAUCAGCCUAAGGACACUUCUAAUAAAGAUGAGACCAUGAAUGUUAAAUUAUUGCUACGACCAAUUUGUCAAUUUAUUAAUAUAUCUAAUGAUAGUCCGCAGCAUGUUCACAUAAAAAAUUUAGCAAGCAAAGUAUUAUUUGCAUUGAGUCUAAACUUUUUUACGGCCGUAUUUAAUAGGAUUUCUGAUCACCUUCAAGAGCUGACAGUCUGUAAUGAAGAGAAUCCAGACUGCAGUGAUAUAGAAUUGAUUCAACAUAUCAACAUUGACGUUGAUCGACUCGUACAAAUAUUAAAUGAAACGAUUCAAAAAUACAAACUGCUCAAAAAAUCAGCUCACACAGUCCUGGUAAACUCACUGGAACGCGCGAUAUGGAAUUGGAUGGACACUUACCCCCAUGAGUUCGCAGAAGUACAAAAAAAAUUUGACUGCAGUGACGCGUCUAAAGACACAUUAAAAAAAUCAAACGACGGACUGGCAAAAGCAUGCGGGGAACUGUUCGAUGUACUCGACACUUAUGCGGAAAAUAAAAAGAGCCGCAAUGUCGCUGGCUGGCCACUGCAGAUAAUGCUGCUGAUUUUGUCCCCGAAGGUAUUGGAGGAGAUACUCAACACCAAGACAGCGGCAUGCUCGCCGAAGCACUCGAGGAAGAAGCAAUUUAUCGACGGAGUCAAACGAGGUCUUGGAAUGCACGGCGGGUCUUCAAGUAGAUCUCUGACAGAAGCUGCUGUAGUAACUUGCGUUAAACUCUGCAAGGCCUCUACUUACAUAAAUAAUUCUGACUCAAGCAAUGUUAUUUUUACACUAGUUCGGCAAGUGAUUACCGACUUAACGGCACUACUAUUCAAUAUUAACAAGCCUUUUUCUCGCGGGCAGAGUUACAUUGCCCAGGAUAUCGACAUGAUGAUUGACUGCUUCGUCAGCUGCUUCCGCAAUCGUCUGCAGAAUGACGAGAUAACAAAAGUCUGUUUAAGUUUAACUGCACCAUCGACUUAUCAGUUCGUUCUUGUCAGUUCACUCUACAGAAUAGCAACACCUCCAAAAUUGCCAUGGUGGCCAGAGAUAAAUCUAGUCUAUCCACGCAGCGCUGAGCUGAGAAAUUUAUUCACUGAUACUCUUAACAAAGUCACCCAGAGCUACAUAUCGCACACGACACUGAGAAUGAUACCCAGUUUCUCAAUGAAAGGAAAAGAACAGGGAAAGUACAAAGACCGGGGCGAAGAUGUUGCCAGUCAUCGCAAUCUUCUAUUGUGGAUGGUGAGACUUAUCCACACAGACCCAAUGUUGAUGUUGUAUAACCCAGGAAAAGCUGGCCACGAGAUCCAGAGUUCAACUCUGGAAUUGAUAAAUGGUCUGGUGUCACUGGUCCAUCAGCCAACGAUGCCGGACAUUGCUAAUGAAGCAAUGGAAGCCCUGCUGGUUCUCCAUCAUCCAGACAAAAUAAAAUCAUGGAAUCCAGAAGCUCCGAUAAAAACUUUCUGGGACAUCAGCUCACAAGCUUUAUUUUCUAUUUCUCAAAAACUUAUUCAGCACCAAAUUGUCAACUAUACCGACAUUCUGAAGUGGCUGAGAGAGAUACUGGUGCGAAGAAAUGCAUUUUUGUCACAAAAUAAAGACUACGCGAAUGUCGGAAGUCAAAUUGCCAUUUGCAAACAAGCCCACAUAAAGCUAGAAGUUGUUUUCUUUAUGUACCUGUGGAGUAUCGACAUGGAGGCGGUUUUAGUAGCACUCUCGUGUUUUUCUUUGCUGUGCGAAGAAGCGGACAUCAGGUGUGGAAGUGACGAAGUUGCUGUCACGUGUCUUUUGCCUAAUUAUCAUCUUUAUAUUGAACUGGCGCAAACUUCAACAGCUUUGACUACCGCCAGCGGAGAAAGUAGGAUGUGUUAUUAUGAACACAGCCAGGGACGAGCUGCUUUGCAAAAACGAAUAAUGGCUCUGCUGAGAAAAAUUGAGCACUGCGUCAACGGAGUCCAGCCAGCGUGGGAAGAAACAUUUCGCAAUUGGGAGUCGACCUGCCGACAGUUGACAAAUUAUCCAAAAAAUAAAACAGAGGACGGCCAAGUCGAGUCAUUUCAUCGCAGCACUGGCAAACGCAGAGCUUCGCAUCAGAACUCGGAGCACGAGCUAGAAGAGCAGAUAAACGAGUGGGCCAACAUGACGGGUUUCCUGUGUGCCCUUGGUGGUGUCUGUCUCCAAAGAAAGUCUCCAAGCAGGCCGAUGUCCUCGGGAAUGCUGCCGAAUCCUGAGCCCAAGAAGAGCUCGACGAAGCAACUGGAAGCUGCGUGUCUUGCGAAUCCAACUCAAGAAGUCCAGUACUGUCCGGUUACUCAGUUUGUUUUCAACCUCCUGCGACUAUUGAUUUGUAACAACGAAAAAUUUGGAGCGCAGAUACAGAAACACGUCAAGGAACUUGUCGGCCAAGAAAUGAGCGCUGCUUUAUACCCGAUUUUAUUUGACCAGAUAAAAAGUAUCGUGGAGAAGUUCUUCGAUCAGCAGGGGCAGGUGAUUGUGCUGGAUGUCAAUACCCAGUUCAUCGAGCAUACGAUUUUUAUAAUGAAGAAUGUACUGGAGUCAAAAUCUGAUCAGCCGUCUGAGUAUUUAGGCAUGACAAGUAUCGAGGGAAUGACUCUCGCGAUCGUAAGAUACGUUAGACAUCUAGACACGACAGUAUACACGAUUCAUAUCAAGACAAAACUGUGUCAGCUAGUGGAGGCGAUGAUGAAGCGCCGAGAUGAUCUGGCUUUCCGUCAAGAAAUGAAGUUUCGUAAUAAAUUAGUGGAGUAUCUCACAGACUGGAUAAUGGACACGACUCAUCAGAUGGCUCCGCAACCGAGUACUGGUGACUUGACAACGAUAACUCGGGAUCUCGAGCAAGCCUGCAUGGAAGCAGUUGGCUCACUGCUGCGCGGACUUCCGCUUCAACCUGAAGAGUCUGACCGGGGCGAUCUGAUGGAGGCAAAGUCGCAAUUAUUUUUAAAAUACUUCAGUCUCUUCAUGAACUCUCUGAAUGACUGCAAUGACGCGGCGAACGAGGACAAAGAUGUCGUUUCUACUUCUCGUAUGACCAGCGUCAAGUUAUCAAGUCUUCGUAACGCGACUAUUCAAGCAAUGAGUAAUCUUUUGAGUGCCAACAUCGACAGCGGACUGAUGCAUUCAAUUGAUCUUGGGUACAAUCGUGAUUUACAGACCAGAGCAGCUUUCAUGGAAGUGUUGACCAAAAUCCUUCAACAGGGAACGGAGUUUGACACCCUCGCGGAAACUGUUUUAGCAGAUCGCUUUGAACAGCUCGUCCAGUUGGUGACCAUGAUAAGCGACAAAGGAGAGCUGCCGAUAGCAAUGGCUCUGGCCAACGUUAUCACGUCAAAUCAAAUGGAUGAACUGGCGCGAGUGUUUGUAACUCUGUUCGACGCAAAACAUUUGCUGUCACCAUUACUGUGGAAUAUGUUUUACCGCGAAGUUGAAGUUUCCGACUGCAUGCAGACAUUAUUUCGCGGUAACAGCUUGGGAAGUAAAAUAAUGGCCUUUUGUUUCAAAAUAUACGGCGCUAGUUAUCUACAGAAUCUCCUGGAGCCUUUGAUAACUCCUUUGUUAGACGAUCCCUCAACGAGUUUCGAGGUAGACAGCGCGCGGAUUGAUGCCAAUGAAAAUAUUGAGCAAAACGGAAGAAACUUGAUAGCUCUGACCAAGAAAGUAUUCGAUGCGAUUGUUUCUUCAGCUGAUAAAUUCCCACCGCAAUUGAGAUCAAUGUGUCACUGUCUGUAUCAAGUGUUGAGCAAAAGAUUUCCUCAGUGCCCGCAGAAUAACAUCGGAGCUGUCGGCACCGUUAUAUUUCUGCGGUUCAUAAACCCAGCAAUCGUGUCCCCUCAGGAAAUGGGUAUAGUCAACAAACCAGUGCCAUUGCAAAUAAAAAGAGGCCUCAUGCUCAUGUCAAAAAUCCUCCAGAACAUCGCAAAUCAUGUGGAAUUCAGCAAAGAGCAACAUAUGUUACCUUUCAAUGAUUUUUUACGCGCGCGUUUUGAAAUAGGCCGCCGGUUUUUCAUCCAGAUUGCAUCAGACUGUGAGACUGUUGAUCAGACAAACCCACCGAUGUCAUUUGUCUCGGACGCAAAUGUCCUGGCACUCCAUCGGCUGCUCUGGAACCACCAGGAACGCAUUGGAGAUUAUCUGAGCAGCAGCAGAGACCACAAAGCCGUCGGCCGUCGUCCCUUUGACAAAAUGGCGACCUUGCUUGCUUACCUCGGGCCUCCAGAGCACAAACCCGUUGAAUCUCAUCUCCUGUUCUCUUACUCCCGGUGGUCGAGCAUCGACAUGUCCGCGACAAACUUCGAAGAAAUUAUGGUGAAGCACAACAUGCAUGAGAAAGAAGAGUUCAAGAGUAUCAAAAGUUUGAAUAUAUUUUACCAGGCCGGUACAAGCAAACAAGGAAACCCGGUGUUCUAUUACAUAGCGCGCAGAUAUAAAAUCGGCGAAACCAACGGGGAUUUACUUAUUUAUCACGUGAUACUAACUCUCAAGCCAUUCUGCCAUUCGCCUUUUGAACUAGUGAUCGAUUUCACUCACACCUGCUCGGACAAUCGUUUCCGCACAGAGUUCCUACAAAAGUGGUUCCUAGUUUUGCCUAAAGUUGCCUACACGAACAUUCACGGCGCCUACAUCUACAAUUGCAACAAUUGGGUCAGAGAGUACACCAAAUUCCACGACAGAAUUCUAGCACCACUUAAAGGAAAUCGUAAAGUCAUAUUCAUUGAUUCACCAGCACGACUCAACGACCUCAUUGAUCCAGAGCAGCAAAAAUUACCAGGAGCGACGCUCACUCUCGACGAAGACUUGAAGGUAUUCACUAGCGCACUGAAACUGUCUCACAAAGACACCAAAGUCUCGAUAAAAGUUGGACCCUCAGCUAUACAGAUAACUUCUGCUGAAAAGUGCAAAGUCUUGUCACACUCGGUGCUACUUAAUGACGUUUACUAUGCAUCGGAAAUAGAGGAAGUCUGUUUGGUUGAUGACAAUCAGUUUACCUUGACGAUAUCCAAUGAAGCCGGGCCACUGUCGUUUAUUCAUAACGACUGCGACAGCAUCGUCCAGGCAAUAAUGCACAUAAGAAAUCGCUGGGAAUUGUCACAGCCAGAUUCCAUGUCAGUGCAUCCUAAAAUAAGGCCUAAAGAUGUACCAGGUACGUUACUAAACAUGGCGUUGCUGAACCUCGGAAGUUCAGAUCCUGAUUUACGUACAGCUGCCUACAACCAAUUGUGCGCUCUGACAGCAACAUUUGAUCUUAAAAUCGAAGGACAAUUGCUUGAGACUUCCGGACUCUGUAUUCCAUCAAACAAUACCAUCUUCAUAAAACAUCUAAGCGAGACACUUGCGGCAAACGAUCCUCACCUGACCCUCGAGUUCCUCGAGGAGUGCAUGCAGGGUUUCAAAGUAUCAACGAUUGAACUAAAGCACCUCUGCUUGGAGUACAUGACUCCAUGGUUAAAAAACCUCGUGCGUUUUUACAAGCCGAAUGAUGAAGGCGGCAAAAGACAGAAGCAGGUCACUCAGAUACUGGAAAAAUUGAUAACUCUGACAAUUGAAGAGGUGGAAAUGUACCCGAGCAUUCAAGCUAAGAUCUGGAGCACCAUAGGCAGACUUCCUGAGCUCAUUGACACUGUCCUUGAUCACUUUAUCCAGAAAAGCGUCGGCUACGGUCUUGGCUCGCCGAUGGUUGAGAUAAUGGCUGACACUGCAGUGGCUUUGGCUUCAGGGAAUGUCCAGCUGGUGGCGAAGAAAGUUAUCGGUAGACUGUGUCGAGUUGUUGACAAAACUUGCACCUCGCCGACGCCUUUACUCGAGCAGCACAUGAUGUGGGAUGACAUAGCGAUUCUUGCGAGAUAUCUCUUGAUGCUGUCAUUCAACAACUGUCUGGACGUGGGCAAACAUCUGCCCUACCUCUUCCACACGGUAACUUUUCUCGUCUGCUCCGGAAGUUUGAGUAUGCGGGCCUCCACCCACGGUCUAGUCAUCAACAUUAUUCACUCACUGUGUACCUGCAGCUCUCCCUCCUUCUCCGAGGACACUUACCGAGUUCUCCGCAUGAGUCUCGACGAGUUCUCAUUACCCAAAUUCUACCUCCUCUUUGGGAUCAGCAAAGUUAAAUCCGCAGCAGUGACGGCUUUCCGGUCUAGCUAUCGGCAUUCAAAUGAGAAGUGGUUCACAAAUGAAAGGACACUUUGCAACACUCAAGAUCGUGAGAGAUUAUCAUUAACCAGCUUAGAAGUAAUAACUGAUGCACUGCUGGAGAUUAUGGAAGCGUGUAUGCGAGACAUUCCUACAUGCGAUUGGCUGAGGACCUGGACGUCACUGGCAAAGAGUUUUGCUUUCUGUUUUAACCCCGCCCUCCAGCCACGGGCGCUCAUUGUUUUCGGCUGCAUCAGCAAGAGCAUAACGGAUCAAGAUAUCAAACAACUGCUACGUAUACUCGUGAAAGCACUAGAAAGUUUCAAUGAUAUUACACUUCUUGAAGCUAUUGUUAUGUGUCUGACCCGACUCCAGCCGCUUUUGAGACCCGAGUCUCCAAUUCAUCGGUAUCUGUUCUGGGUCGCGACUUCGAUACUUCAACUGGACGAAGCCCCACUCUAUGCUUCAGGUCUGGCUCUUCUUGAACAAAAUCUUCACACACUUGACUCCCAGGGAACUUUCGAUGAUAAAACCCUCGAAAAAGUGAUGAUGUCAACUCGGGAACCGCUCGAGUGGCAUUUCAAGCAACUGGAUCACGCUGUAGGUCUGUCAUUCAAAUCAAAUUUUCAUUUUGCUUUAGUGGGACAUCUCCUCAAAGGCUACAGACAUCCAACACCAACGACUGUCUCACGUACGUCACGAGUGCUGACAAUGUUACUGGCCAUCGUCGCCAAGCCAUUCCGUAGGGAUAAAUUUGAAGUCACUCCAGAGAGUGUCGCGUAUCUUUCAGCUCUCGUUUCAGUCUCCGAAGAAGUAAGAAGUCGCUGCCACGUUCGUCACUCCCUUGGAAGAAAUAUCUCGGAGUCAAGUAGCACUGAUUUCAUUGACGUCCUUGUUACCAAUGGUCCAGAUGCGCCUGCUGGUAGCAAUCUGAGUGUGAAUCCAUCUAACCGCAAGCAAAAGUCCUGGGAUCUACUUGACCAAACGGCCAUCACGCAAGCGAGGCAACAGAAGCAACCGCCGCAGUCAGGUAGAAUUUUAUUUAAAACCCAACGUUCAUUCUCUGUACCAACUACCAAAGAAGCCAAACCUACUGAAGAAGAUGCGAAGAACCGCAGCACCAGAGUCAGUGUCAGCAAUGAAAACAACGUUCUCCUAGAUCCUGAAGUACUGACUGACUUUUCAACUCAAACUCUUGUCCUAACGAUCUUAGCAACUCUCGUUAAAUACUCAACGGAAGACAGCGAGACUCGGAUCCUCUAUGAAUAUCUCGCAGAAGCUUCAAUAGUAUUUCCUAAAGUAUUUCCUGUCAUAAAAAAUUUACUUGACGCAAAAAUAACAAGCGUACUGUUCACUUGUCACGACCAAGCAAUCGUCAGUGCAGUCCAAGCAAUAAUACAAAACAUGAUCGCGUGUGAAGACACGAGCCAGCAGCUCCACUACCUGCAGAGCUGCGGUUUCGGUGGACUUUGGAGGUUCGCCGGUCCAUUUGCGAAGUGCAACAGAACUGCUGACAGCGCUGAGUUGUUUGUCAACUGCCUUGAAGCCAUGGUAGAGACUUGUCUGCCCACCGAAGAGAUCGAGGUGCCAACCAGCAAUGACCUGGAGAAUGACAAACGAGUUGAUGGAAUCCCGGGAAAAAGUUUCGCCAAAGCACGACUUCCCUCGCAAGACAGCAAUACGCGAGAUGCUUCAAUACUUCUCAGUUCCAAAGAGUCAAGUAUUGAAAGCAGGGGAGAAUCAUCAAUAAAUACAAAUACAACGAGCAGUAGCAGCACUUCGCAAUCCUAGCGAUCAAUUGCUGGUUCGCGUCGCGGUAAAGAUCAAAAAGUCCCGGAUACUAGGAAGUCACGUGCCUCCAGGUGACAAAAUAAUUAUCGUGAUGAUUGAUUAUUAUAUAUGUGGGAUGAUAAUAAUUUGUUGACUGUAAAUACUAUAUAUAUAUUAUAUAUAUAGUUGAUGCGUACUAUAAUUUAAUAAUUGAUAAUUAAAAAAAUGAAUAUCAACGUUAUCGUUUGUUUAUCGUACAGAUAUUUAUCAAUAUUGGGGACCUGCUACUGUUGCUACAUGUCCAGACAGUUUUAAUCAGUACCGUCCACCUCGCGAUUAGCAGCCUUUUCAAGAUUCAACGUUCAAGCACAAAAACAAAACGGCCCUAUUAUCAAUACCUCAUUUUUAUUUAUGAAACUAUAUUCCAUUGACACAUUCAUUUAUUUUAGUUCAUUCCAUCAUUGUUAUUUUUACAAUAAAACACUCAUUUAUCAUUAUCGUGAUCCGGUAGCUUCAGUCAGAUCGUCAUUAAAUAAAAUAACAAAAAUUUGAGUAAAUUAAAACUGGAACUAAUAAUUAAUAAGUUUCCGUAAAUAAUUGUAUGUAGAUCUUUAGGUAAUACGUGUUGACAUUUUCGAAGUAUAAUACUUAUAUGCAAUAAUAUAAAAAAAUAUAUAUAUAAAUAUAUUUUUGGUUUAUGAAUGAAAUUAGCAGACAACUUUAAAUUUAAAAAAAAUUAUACUGUAAAAAAUCGGGAGUGAAUUUGGAGUAAUUACGGAUUUUAUUUAAAUUUGAAUUUACCCGGAGUUCCGGAGUUGGAAUAAAAUCACUUCGUGUGUGGAGUAGAAGUUUAUUUUUUCAGAUGAUUGACUUCAGUUCACUCUGCAAAUUUUUUACAGUGAAUUGAUAAAAAAUUUUUGAAUUCUCGCAAAGGAUCGAAAAAAUUUGUGUUUUAAAAUUUAGUUUCUUGACAAAUUUGAAAAUUUAUCGGGUGUCUGUUAUCUAUUUUUAUUAAAUUUAGUCAAAAUGAAAUAGCACGGCCUACAUUUUAAUUAUCAGUACAUUUGCACCAAAUCGAGCAUUUUUUUUUUACCAAACGAGUAUUAAUUGGUGCAUGAAAAAUAAUUUCAAAGUAUAACGGAUACCAGUAUACAAUGUAUAAUUAUAUAUACGUGUAUAUUAUUUUUGAAAAAAAAAAUAACUUGAGUUAAGUAUGAAUCGCGCGAGUAAAUUAAAAAUAAACACUCGUUUGUUAAAUAUUUAAUUAAUUACUUAUUUUAUUUUUAUAAUUUAUUAUCGUGAUUAACGAAAUAAAAAUAUCGUGUCUUGAAUUUAAAAAAAGAACACCAGUGAUCGCGGGCAAAUUGUCCAUUAAUUAUACAAAUAUAACAGUAAUAAUAAUUAUUAUUAUUAUAAAUAAAUAAAUAAAUAAAUUAUUUAAAAAAAGAGAGUAUAUAUCCAGGUUGUAAUUAAUGUUGAGUGUAUAUAAACAGUUGUAAAAUAAUGGCAUAAAAUAAUAACAUAAUUAUAAUUAAAAAAAAAAGAAAAAUUAAAUUUAAAUAAAAAAAAUAAAGAGUAUUUAAAAUAUCAAUACAAAAUUUGUUUUUUGUUUUGUAAUAAACCUAUUAUUUCAAAAAAUACAUUGUAAUAAUAAUCAUAAUAGUAAGAAUAUUUGCCAGUUAUGAAAAUACAGUCAAGGUUUUCAUUCAAAAAUUUCCACGCGGGCGAGGCAAAGCAGCCAUUUUGUUUUACUAUAAAUUCCUUUUUUUUUGUUAAUUAUAAGGUAAAAGCCCCAAUUAUUUAAACAAAAUUGUGUUAAUUAUUAUGAUUUAUUUUUUAUAUUUAAUAUUAAUAAUUUAUAAUUUUUUUGAAACGCGUUUUAUUACUACUAAUUAAAUCAAUUAUUUUUAUUAUCAAUAAUUAUCAUGAUUCUGAAGGUAGAAGACAAUUCAAAAUUUUUGGUUUUUUUUUUCAACAAAUCAAUUUUAAAAAAAUUAAAUUUAAAAUAUGCACUUAUAGAAAAUUUAAAAAACUAGAGGUGCAAUUUUUAAAAAUAAUUUUAUUUUUAUAAUUUAUCAUUUAAAAAAAAAAACCCAAAAAUUAUUAAAUGACAGCUGACCAGUAACUUUUUAAAAAUCACUGAAUUUUUUCUAUUUUACUUUUUAAUUGUUUAGUUAAUUUAUAAUUCAAAAUUUGUCUAUCUGCUACACUCACACUCAACUUAAAUGUACCAAUUAUUGACAUGCGAUAAUUUUUGUAAAGCUCACCUUCAUUUUUCACGAAGUCAAAUUUUCAGCAGAAAUUCAAAAUCCAUUUUAUGAAGUUCUAUAUUUUUAUAAGAUUGUAACAAAAUAUUUUUAUAUUUUCUGCACUGAAACUGAUUAGAAAAUUGAAAUAAUUCAAAUUAUCAUAAUGAUAAUUAACAAACUGACUGUAUUUAAAGUAUCAACUGACUUCAGACUUGAAAUUUAAAAUUUCAAUGCAGGUAAUUAUAAGAAAUGUGGCGCAAAAAAAAAUCUAGGCUUUGUGUGAUGGCAGCCUUGACCUUUGGCUCGAGUAAACUUCACUCUGGUCUGAAAUAAUUUUAUUUAAUCCCUUGUCACACAAUUUCUACUAAAAAUAUUUAAAAAAGAAAUAAAUAUGAGUGUGAAUGUAGCAGACACGAGAGAAUUUAAAAUUUUAAAUAAAUGAAUUAAUGGAAUUUAAAAUAAUGCGCGCGCAGGUUUUAAAUUUUCUAAAUACGCAUUUAUUUACUCAAAAAUUUAAGAAAUUUCUAAUUGUUAGUGACAUUUACACUCAUAAAUUCAAAAAAUGUCAAUAAUUGAUAUUCUGUCAAUAAUUAGGUCUUUUACCUUAUGACUAAUUAUUUUUUUAAUAGAAAAAACAGUGACAGUGCAAUUUUAAAAGCCUUUUAGUUUAAUUUUACUUUUUAUUUCAAAAUUUAAGUAGUGAUGAAAAUCGCGUUUGGCUUUAUUAUAUUUUUUUCCAUGAUACUGAAGUUAGCCGACGUCUAAUAUUUAAAUUUUUAUCAACUAUAAAUUAUAAAAAAAAAAAGUAUUUUCAAAACUUGCGCCAAUAAUUUUUUAAAUUUUCUACAUGUGCAUAUUUUUAGUUUUUCGUAAUCAUGUGAAAAAAAACUUAAAAUUGUUAAUUGUCUACUAACUGCAGUAUCAUUAUUUUCCACAAAUUUACAUACGUAUGUAAAAAUAAUACAAGUUAUUGUAACGCAGUGUAAUGAAAGACAAUUGAUACUCAGACAUUUAAAAAAAGAAAUCAGCUUUCUUUUAUAUUGAUAAGAAAAUGUUUUUUGAUUUUUUAAAAUAUACUUUUCUUAGCAAUUGUGUCGCGAUUUAAUAGAGCGGCUAAUGAACAAGAGGUAUAUCACAAUUUCAGAACAAAAGUACAAUAAAAGUUCGCGGUUUUAUUUCAAUUAAUUAAUUAAUUAAUCAAUUAUUAUACGAUCCCCUUAUUAGUCAUCUCUCAAUACGUUUUUACCCCGUAUUGCUUGUCAUCUAUCAAAGAUUUAUAUCACUAUCGAUUAUUUUUAAUUGUUAUUUAUAUACUUUAUUUGUUUGCUCAUUAAUUAAUAUUAUAUAUAUAUAUAUAUAUAUAUAUAUAUAUAUAACUUCUUUUAUUAAGAAGCGCAAGAGACAGGCAAAGUCACGCAAUAAUCAUGACUACAUAGUGCACAACAUCGGUCAUCAAAGUCCACAUUUUUUAUUCAAUUAUUUAUAUACGCGUAAUAUUGACUUUAAUAAUUAAAAGUUAAUAAAAAAAAAAUAUCGGCCAAACAGAAAAAAAUGAUAUUAGAAAUUAAAUUACAUUAAUUAAUAAUAAAGAAAAUUAAUUAAGCAAACGGAAGAUAAUUGGAAGUCGCGGCAGUACGCGAUUAACACAAAAGGACGCAUUAAUUUUUUCGGAAUACAUAAAUAUAAUUAGCCGCUAUUACAAUUUGUUUUUUUUUUUUUUUGUUUUUAUGUUAGUGUCGUAUUACAAUAAUAUAAUAUAAUAAUAACAUAAUAAUUAAUUAAUUAAUAAUAAUAAUUAUUAUAAUAAUACAUUUAGCCUACUUGAUAUCUUAAAUCGAAACGACCGAUAGUCUAUUCACGUUCAUUUGACAAAAAGCUUAUCUUUUUAUAUUGUUAUUAUUAAUCAUUUUUUUUUCUUAAAAGAUUUAUUGAUUGACAAUACGAAAAAAAAAAGUAUAAUAAAUUGUAAAAAUUUAUUUUCAUUUUAUAAGUUCAGUAUCAGAAAAUGUGGAGUAAAAAAAUCCACGGUCUCGUACUUAAUGUUUUUAGCACUGCCCUAUUUAAAUAUAAAAGACUUUACUUGUUAUACUUUAUAUUAAAAGAUUACUGAUAAAUUUACUUUUUUAUUUUCUUUCUUCUUUUUGAAUUUAUCUCAAAUGUUAUUGUUGUUAAUUUAUAAAUCACCAAUGCAUUCAUUUAAAUAUCAAUUUCUUUUGUUAUUUUAUCAUAAUUUAAAAUAGCUGGGUAACAUUUAAAAAAAAAAAAAACUCAGCAGAUAAUUAAGAAAAAAGAAAAAUAAAAAAUACAAAGAGCCACACAGAAGCUAUAAUGACAUACAUUUUACAAUAGUAAUGACAAAAAAUAAAUCUAAUUAUCUUUUAAUAUUAAUAUAUAUGUAUACACACAUAUAUGUAUAUAUAUAUAGUAUCAUAUUAUUAAUAUAAUUUAAUUAAAUUAAGAUUUUUUAAAUUUUGUCACGAUAUUUAAUUGAGACAAAAUUUCCAUGCUCGAAAAAAAAAAAAAAAAAAAAAAAAAAAAAA